CCCUCAAUAAGCUAAGAAUUUGUCAAUCUGCACAAUGGCGGACCCACGAGAGAAGGCGAUCCAAGAUUAUCGUAAAAAAUUACUCGAACACAAAGAGCUAGACGCUCGUUUGAAGGAAAUGCGAGAGCAGUGCAAGGAACUGACAAAGAAUUAUGACAAAUCAGAGAAUGACUUGAAAGCAUUGCAGAGUGUUGGUCAGAUUGUUGGAGAAGUUCUCAAACAGCUGACUGAAGAAAAAUUUAUCGUGAAGGCCACCAAUGGCCCACGUUACGUUGUGGGAUGUCGGCGAGGCAUAGACAAAGCCAAACUGAAACAGGGCACCAGAGUUGCCCUGGACAUGACAACGCUAACAAUCAUGAGGUAUUUACCCAGAGAAGUUGAUCCGAUGGUGUAUAACAUGUCCCAUGAAGACCCUGGCAAUGUAUCCUACUCAGCCAUCGGAGGUUUGUCUGAGCAGAUCAGAGAGUUGAGAGAGGUCAUUGAACUACCUCUCUUGAACCCAGAGCUGUUCCAACGAGUGGGCAUCACCCCUCCGAAAGGCUGCCUGUUGUACGGGGCACCAGGUACUGGCAAGACACUUCUAGCUAGGGCAGUUGCUAGCCAACUAGAUGCCAAUUUCUUGAAGGUUGUCUCCAGUGCUAUCGUCGACAAGUACAUCGGCGAGAGUGCACGGCUGAUCCGUGAGAUGUUUGCCUACGCCAGGGACCACCAGCCCUGCGUCAUCUUCAUGGACGAGAUUGAUGCCAUUGGAGGACGGCGAUUCUCAGAAGGGACGUCGGCAGACAGGGAGAUCCAGAGAACUCUCAUGGAGUUGCUGAAUCAAAUGGAUGGCUUUGACACGUUAGGCAAAGUGAAGAUCAUCAUGGCUACCAAUAGACCCGACACAUUAGAUCCUGCACUGCUUAGACCUGGUCGCUUAGAUAGGAAGAUAGAAAUCCCUCUCCCAAAUGAGCAGGCUCGACUUGAUAUUCUCAAGAUCCAUGCCGCUCCCAUCACCAAACAUGGAGAUAUUGACUUUGAAGCAGUCGUCAAGUUAUCUGAUGGCUUCAACGGAGCAGAUCUUAGAAACGUUUGCACGGAGGCAGGUAUGUUUGCAAUCCGUGCGGAGCGUGAGUACGUUCUAGAUGAGGACUUCAUGAAGGCUGUACGGAAGGUUUCCGAGAGCAAGAAGUUGGAGACAAAGCUGGACUACAAACCUGUCUGAGUCAGAACUCCUGCCCCCUCCACCCAGAAAAUAGAGGACUGAAGACUCAUCUUGUCACCGCAAUGAGAAGGCAUGGCUGAGGGUAGCACUUUGCUUGUGCUGGUAGUGCAAGCAUUGUUCAGUUUGUUCAGUUGUAGGCAUUUGUGGACCCACUGGCAAUUUAAUUCAAGGAACAUUGGGUGUACCCAUGACAUAAUGUGGUCUCAAGUCCGUUAUGCCUUCUCAUUGCCGUCAUGUGAUUAGGGCCUGUUUACACAGACAACCGUUAACAAACGUCAGUGCUUUCCAUGUAUAUCAGUGACGGUGUUUUCCUAUGGGCCUGUUUGCUGAGAGUAGACAAAAUGGGUGAUAUUUCAAGAGAUACUGCCCUGUGACAGUGCACUCUGGCCAUUCAGUGGUCUUGCUGGGUAUGACAUCACAGACUGACUGAUGUGGUUGGGCACUGCCAUGCCGCACCCUAAGCUUUUCCCAUAGGUCACUAUUGUUUUUUUGUUGAAGUUAUUAGCGUGAUUGGAAACUGAGCAGGUUUCCGCCCUUAUUUGUACAUGUAUUUGCAAUCCAUGUAUGCUGUGCAGCACAGCACUUUUCGGUCAGCUCUGUCCGUUAUCACUUGUCUGUGUAAGUGGGCCCUUAGUCCGUAAGGGUAACUGAUGAAUCAUUGAACAUGUAUUAUGGUACUGCAAGAUGUUAGUUUGCUUGGGGGGAAAAAAUAUCUACCCUGUCUGGUUUGGGAGCUCCAUCCACACGAGCUUUAUAUCCUAUUCAAUUUUUAACUAAAACACAAUACACGCAAAUAGACCACAGAUCGUCUAUUCCUUCGGUAAGGGGCUCGGCAAGGGGUUAUGAACGUUUUGUGGACUGUGUAAAGGAGAUAACCAAAGAUAGGAAAUGAGGGUUUCUCUGGUAGAUUUGAGAGAUUUCAGUAACACACUGGCCUUCACAAUUCUUAUACCGUUUGUUAAGACUGUCUUGUAAUGACACCUGUAUGGACAAAGGGCGCACGCUGAAUAAAAGUGGGGUAGGAAAUAAAAUUUAUCAGACUGGUCAAGUUGAAAUAUCAUUUCCCAGACAGUUUUGAGCAGGUCUGUUCCAGUCUAGGGGAUGCUCGUUUGUAACUUAUGAAUUUCUGAGUCUCCAACUUGGAGCUGUCAAUGUUUCUGUCCUGAACGUCCCAUUCUGAGGUAACCUUAGUCAGAACAAUGACACAUUUCUUUGAAAACAAACCUCAACACAAAGACAAUUUGUUGGAGAUUUAUUCUGAAAAUCUUCCUAAUUUAUUUUUUGUUACCUUGUACGUACAAGCUCAGCGAUGUUAAAGGAUGUCAUCAAGACAAAUUGAACCCCAGGAAAAAACUUCAAAGUAUCCUUAGACUUAUUGGGACGAAGGUAGCCCAAGGGUGCCCAGGGGAUGUUUACCUACCUGUAGUUGGUUUGUGAAGCUAUGUGUUUGCUGAACUUCUUGUACGUUGUAAACGAAUUUGGUAAGAACAGAAAGAAAUAGUCCUUUUUAUGUCAACUCGUGUCGACUGGUAAUUACUCUCUGACCUUCAAACAGGACACACAGAAUAAAUGAAUUCAGUGGUCACUUGAAA